AUGAAGGUCUUUUCAACCUCUCUCUGCUGUGGACUCCUGACUUUGUUGUCUGUAAUGAACCUUUUCAAAUCUGUGUGCGGACGGCCACAUCUGAGCUCAGGACAUGAGUUGUUUCCAGCUAAAGAAUAUGCAGCUCAAGAGAAGUUGACCCAAAACCCUGGUUUCCAGAGGCCCUUCCACGAUGGUGUAGAUCUGCCCAGCAAACUGGAAGAACUUAGACAGGCUGAAAUAAAGAUAAAGAUUAUGUUGCUAAGAAAAAGCUUUGCAGUACAAAUAUACCUGCCCCUCUAA